GAAGGCUUCAUUUGACCAAACGGACUGCGCGUGUUUGAUAACGAGCGGUAAUAAAAAGUUUCACCCAAUUGGUGUCAAGUUUUAAUAAUCGCGGCAGUACCAUGUCUUUUCUGGUGGCAUUGGCUGUAUUCGUGGUGACGGUGGCGCUCUUCGUUCCACGUUUUCUACAAGCCUACAGGCGUAAACGGGAAAUCGCUGAAGCCAUCGACUACUACCCCGGAGAAAAAUGGUAUCCGAUAAUAGGUACCGGUCUGAAGUUCAUAACGACGAGCAGAGAAGAUGCUUUCGACUAUAUGAGAUCCAGACACAAGACGUACGGUCCGGUAUUCCGAAGUUGGUUCCAAGGGGAACCUAUUAUACACAUCUGCAAAGCGGAACACGCGGAAUUGUUCCUCAAAAGCAACGUCAAUAUCAACAAAGGCAUGAUCUAUCGCUAUUUCGAGCCUUGGCUAGGCACGGGGUUAUUGACCGGAGGAGGAAACAAGUGGAGGACGCACCGGAAGCUGAUCACUCCCGCUUUCCACUUCAGCAUCUUGGACAAGUUCGCGGAAAUCUUUGCCGAAAGGGCCGACGACUUGGUGCACAUACUGGAGGACAAGGUAGGCAAGGGGUACUUCGACAUUAAUCCCUACGUCACCAAGUGCGCGCUGGACAUCAUCGCGGAGACCUCCAUGGGUAAGAAGGUGUACGCGCUGAAAGAUCCGAAGUCAAAGUACGUGGACGCCAUCGUGAGUUUAUGUGAGAUUUCCGCGAGAAGGUACACCAACCCCGUCUGGGCCAACGAUUUUCUCUUCAAGUUCACCAAAGCUGGAAAAAGGUUCUUUGACUCGAUUGAUCACGUCAAUGGGAUUACGCUGAAGAUCAUUGCGGAGAAGAGGGAACAAUUGGCGAAGACUAAGAGCACCAUCAGAGUGGACGAACUAGGCAGGAAGGAAAGACAAGCUUUCAUCGACAUCCUGCUUAAUACGGAGGGCGAGAAACGGUUCACCGACGCGGAGAUCAUCGAAGAAGUAAACACAUUCAUGUUCGCGGGACAGGAUACCAGCUCCAUCACCACAGGUUUCACUUUGUUCGCGUUGGGCAACACACCAGAGAUCCAAGCUAAAGUCCACGAAGAACUGGACGCGAUCUUCGAGGGGUCGGACCGCAUAAUCACACCCCAGGACAUCGCCUCUCUCGACUACCUGGAUAGAGUGGUGAAAGAGACGAUGCGGUACUACUAUUUUGUACCGGAAAUCGGCAGGUGUCUAUCAGAAGAGUUGGUUUUGGAUGGGCACCGCAUUCCAGCAGAUACCACAGUCAUCCUUGACCUUUACGAAUUGCACCACGACCCAGAGUACUAUCCGGAGCCUUUCAAAUUCGACCCGGAUAGAUUCCUCCCCGAAGAAGUAGCGAAGCGCCACGUCUACGCUUACGUCCCGUUUAGCGCCGGUCCCAGGAAUUGCGUAGGCCAGAAAUUCGGAUUACGUAACGCUAAAACGAUGCUGGCGUCCAUCUUGAGGAAAUUCAAGGUCAAGUCACGUGACAGGCCGCAGGAUUUGAAGUACUACAUCGAGGCGGUGCUCAGGCCGCAGCAAGGUCUUCAAAUCCAGUUGGAACUGCGCAAAUGAAGCCCCACCCGCUUCUCUUAAUAUGCCGAUUAUUUAGGCAGACUGUACAUAGAUGAUAUAUUUAGUAUUAAUAUUCCAAAAUAAAUCGUUCUUGUUUA